GCCCCGGGAGCGGUUCGCAGCUACGGCGCGUGCGCGGCCCCGCCGCGUCCUUCCGAGGCUUCCCCUCCGCGAGGUUUCUUCCUCCACCUUCGAUCUGCUUCCGGUGCGGAGGUCCGGGACAAGAUGGUGCCGCCCGUGCAAGUUUCUCCGCUCAUCAAGCUCGGUCGCUACUCCGCCCUGGUCCUCGGCAUGGCCUACGGAGCCAAGCGCCACAGCUACCUAAAACCUCGGGCAGAGGAGGAGAGGAGGGUAGCAGCGGAGGAGAAGAAGAGGCAGGAUGAGCUGAAGCGGAUUGAGAGAGAGCUGGCCGAAGCCCGGGAAGACAGCAUAUUUAAAUGAGAGGCACCAGCUCUGCCCCAUUGGAUGAAUAAAAAUUCGGCUUAUUA